AUGCCCUCCAAGCAGCAGCGGGUGCCUUCGAAGCUCAAGGCCACCCCCAAGGAUGAGCUUCACGAUUUACUUUGCGUGGGUUUCGGUCCUGCCUCUUUGGCGAUCGCAAUUGCCUUGCACGAUGCUCUGGACCCUUGUCUGAACAAGUCGGCACCUGCGCCUGGAUCGCAGCCCAAGGUCUGCUUUGUCGAGCGUCAGAAGCAGUUUGCUUGGCAUUCGGGCAUGUUGGUCCCCGGUUCAAGGAUGCAGAUCUCCUUCAUCAAGGAUUUGGCGACUCUCCGGGAUCCUCGCAGCAGCUUCACCUUCCUCAACUAUUUGCACCAGAAGGAUCGUUUGAUCCAUUUCACAAACCUGGGAACAUUCCUUCCGGCUCGCUUGGAGUUCGAGGACUAUAUGCGGUGGUGUGCGCAACAAUUCUCUGAUGUCGUGUCUUAUGGAGAGGAAGUGGUCGAUGUGAUGCCCGGAAAGACGGAUCCUACCAGCUCGGUGGUCGACUUCUUCACCGUCCGCUCCCGCAACGUUGAGACGGGUGAGAUUACUGCGAGAAGAGCGCGCAAGGUGGUGACUGCACUCGGUGGCUCUGCGAAGAUGCCCCCAGGCCUGCCCCAGGACCCCCGCAUUAUGCACUCGUCGAAGUACUGCACCAAUCUGCCUCACCUGCUGAAGAACCCGAACGAACCCUACAACAUCGCCGUGCUUGGAAGUGGCCAGAGUGCUGCUGAGAUCUUCCACGACCUGCAAAAGAGAUACCCCAACUCAAAGACGACACUGAUCAUGAGAGAUUCGGCUAUGCGGCCUAGUGAUGACUCUCCUUUUGUUAACGAGGUCUUCAACCCCGAACGUGUCGACAAAUUCUAUAACCUCUCUGCCGAAGAGCGCCAACGUUCCCUCAAGGCUGACAAGGCCACCAACUACAGUGUGGUCCGUCUUGAACUCAUUGAGGAGAUUUACCACGACAUGUACGUCCAGCGGGUCAAGAACCCCGACGAGAAGCAAUGGCAGCACCGCAUCCUCCCCGGACGCAAGAUCACGCGAGUCGAACACCAUGGACCUCAGAGUCGGAUGCGGAUUCACGUGAGGGCGACCAAGGAUGGAUCGGACAGCCUUGUCGGCGACGGCAAGGAGAUAUUGGAGGUGGAUGCACUCAUGGUGGCGACCGGCUACUACCGCAACGCACAUGAACAGCUCUUGAGCAACGUGCAGCAUCUGCGACCGGCAGGCCAGGAGGAAUGGAAGCCGAGUCGGGAUUACCGGGUCGAAAUGGAUGCCAGCAAGGUCAGCCCCUAUGCUGGAAUCUGGCUGCAGGGCUGUAACGAGAAGACACACGGGCUAAGCGACAGUCUUCUGUCGGUGCUGGCAGCACGCGGUGGAGAGAUGGUGGAGUCGAUCUUUGGCGAGCAGCUUGCGGGUGCAACGGUGCCGGUCACGAAGUUGCGCGCUAUGCUGUAA